UCAACUGUACCUUGCCCAGCAGCCACCCUUUUAUGUCUUCCUCUCUCCUUUCAGGGUGACACGCAGAAUGACACUUGGAUCUUUGCCCUGUCCGUCCUCCUCAGCAGCACCCUGGUCUACAACAGCAAGGGCACCAUUGACCAGGACGCCAUGGACAAACUCCACUAUGUGACGGAGCUGACGGAGCACAUCAAAGCCAAGGCCUCUCCUGGGGGCGGCGCAGGCAGGGACCUGGAGGACUCAGUCGAAUACUUGCGCUUCUUCCCCAGCUUUGUCUGGACCCUGAGGGACUUCACGCUGCAGCUGGAACUGAACGGGAAGCCCAUCACCGAGGACGAAUACCUGGAGAACGCACUGAAGUUGAAGAAAGGGGACACCCCCGAUGUCCAGCUCUUCAACCUGCCCCGCGAGUGCAUCCGCUUCUUCUUCCCCACCCGGAAGUGCUUCAUCUUUGACUGCCCCACCCUUCGGAAGAACAUGAACCGCCUGGAGCAGAUGGAGGAGAACGAGCUGGCACCCGACUUUGUGGAGCAGGCCAACCAGUUCUGCAACUACAUCUACGGGACCUCCAAGGAGAAGACCCUUCCAGGGGGACAUGUGGUCACUGGGCAUCUGCUGGCCAAGUUGGUGGAGACCUAUGUGGAGACUAUCAGCAGCGGGAGAGUGCCCUGCAUGGAGAGUAUGGUGCUGGCCUUGGCAGAGAUGCAGAAUGUGGCUGCUGUGGAGGAGGCUGUGGCCCACUAUGAGGGGCUAAUGGAACAGAGGCUGAGACUCCCCACGGAGAGCAUCCCAGAGCUGCUGGGGAUCCAUGCUGAGUGCGAGAAGGAGGCCCUCCAGGUUUUCAUGGCAUGUAUCUUCAAGGACGACAAGCAACGCUUCCAGAUCAAGCUCAUAAAAACCCUGGAUGACUGGAAGGAGGAAUACUGCCGAAGGAAUGAGCAAGAGUCCACUAAACGCAGCCAGGCUCUGCUGGCCACUCUCUCCGUGGAGCUGGAGGAGAAGGUGCGCAGCGGGGUCUACUCCCGGCCCAAUGGUCACCAGCAGUUUGUGGAAGACCUGAAGGACAUUGAGAGAAGAUACCACCAGGAGCCUAAGAAGGGGGUGAUGGCAGAAGAGGCCCUGAAGCAUUUCCUGAAGGGCAAGGAGGCCGUUGGCAGAGCCAUUCUCCAAAGCGACACGGCCCUCAGCAAGAAGGAGAAGCAAGUGAAAGAGGCCCGGGCGCGGGCGGAGGCGGCCCAGAGGGAGCAGGAGGUCCAGCGGCAGAGGCAGGCUGAGCUGGAGCAGAAGAUGCAGGACCGGCAGCGGAGCUACGAGGAGAACAUCCAGCAGCUGAAGGUCAAGAUGGAGAAGGAUCGGGAGCAGCUCCUGGAGGAGCAGAAGAAGAUGAUAGACAGCCGGCUGGCGGAGCAAGAGGCGCUGCUGAACGAGGGGUUCCAGAAGGAGGCCCGGCAGAUGAGGGAGGAGGUCCAGCGCCUGAAGGAGGAGAUCGCCAAGAUCCAGGAUCGCUCCUGGCUGGAAAUAAUCCUUGAGGGGCUGAUUACAUUCGGCAGGCUCCUUUUCCAGGGGAUUGUUGAGAUGGUGCAUGGGUUCACCUUGAACCAGUUCAGGCACUUGUGA